AUGUCUGCUCAACCAUCUGCCGACGUCGAAAAGCUACUCAGCUCCACGGCCAAAGAUCUUGCUGGUGAUUACGUCUAUGUGGUCGGGAUCGCCGUUCUUCGCCGCACAACCGACGCCAAUUCUACAUGGCAACUAUUAGUUGUGAGACGCGUGGAGACAGAGACCUCUUUUCCCAACAUGUGGGAGCUGCCCGGCGGUCAUGUUGAACAAGGCGAGACGAUUUCUGAAGCCAUUCAGCGCGAGACAAUGGAGGAAACUGGGUUAGUCGUCCAAGACGUUAUCGGAAAGUUCGAAGAACUUCGCUGGACAUCCAAACAAGGGGGGAUGGAGAGCGUGCAAUUCAACUUCGUCGCCACCAUUCAACAGCCCGCCGAAGUUACCCUUAACCCCGAAGAACAUUCUGAGUGGAAAUGGAUCCGUGAGAAUGAGAUAACCUCUUUACCAACAUCUCCGGCCAUGAAUCAAGUGCUUAAAGACGCAUUCGAGUUCUCGAAGAGCCAUAUGAAAGCGCUGUGA